AUGAAGACCUUCAUCAUCGUGGUGGCGGCGGCGCUGGCUGCUGGUCAACAGUUCCAGCAGACGAGGGACUUCACUCCUGCCGUCAGGCUUGCUGAUCAAGGAUUCUUCCAGCAAACAGGAAGGACCUCUUUCAUCCCCCAAGAUAGCAACAAUCAGUUCCAGAGUUCCUCCUUCCAGUCCAACAGCAACUCACAAAACACUCAGAGAGACAACCUCGGAUCUGGUUUUGUUGGCAGCAGCGUCUCCAGCCAGUCUGGCACAUUCCUUGACAGUAAUCAGUUCCAGUCAAAUGAAGCAAACAGAAACCUGUUGAGGAACAGCAAAGCAGUGGAAGACUUAAAGUCAGACGCCACGCAGAAAAAUAUUGAUAGCCGUGUCCAGUUAAACAAGUUCCAACAGAAUUCAGACAACACCUUCCAGAGCAGAACCUCACAACAAAAUAGAGACAAUACAUUCCAGACAUUCAAUUCUCAGCCUAAUACCGAUAACCGUUUCCAGUUUAAAACUAAUCAACAAAAUACUGGCAGAAUUACUCAGGAAAACUCUAACCAGCAGAAUACUGGCGCUCGCUUCCAGGACAGAUUCAACCAACAGAAUGCCGCUAGCCGCUCCCAGAUCAACACCAACGAUCGCUUCACCCAACAAAAUCAAUUCCAGGGUAAUGCUUUCCAGAGAUCUGGAUCAUCAUUUGAGAAUUCCGACGACACCAUCAGCGGCUUCUAUGAACCUCUGAACCUUCCUUCUGGCGCCAGCACACUGUUGGGAGAUAUUUCUACGUCGUUCAACUGUCUUGACCGUCCCUACGGCUACUACGCUGACCAAGACAACGCCUGCCGCGUCUUCCAUGUGUGUAAUCCCGCCCUCUUCUCUGGCGGCGCUGUCCAGACUUUCCAGUACAGUUUCAUGUGCGGCGAGGGAACCGUGUUCGACCAGAAGGAGAUGACCUGCGUGAUGGAGUCGUCGGCCACCCCCUGCCAGGAAGCCUCCAACUACUACGUCAGGAACCAAGAGUUCGGUCGUCUCGAGGACAGGCAGUUCUGAACACCAUGACGAAAAGUGCUAACAAGAAUCUCGGAAGACUUUCGAGUAGUAGUUUAGUAGAACAUCUAUACUUUAAGACUCCUACUGAGUAUAGUAAACAUUACCAAAACUUGUAUUUUCAGCAAGAUAAUUAAUAAAAAGUUCUAUUUA